CGUGAUUCAUCGUUUAGCGCUAUUUUAUCGACUUUCUUGAAAAUUUCUCCUUCGUCUGGCUGAGAAAAAAGAAAACGAAAUCAAUCAUAGGACUGUUUUAUUGUGGUGUACAAAAGAACUUACGGUGAAGGAAAAGCGAUCGCUGCGGAUUAAUAUAGAAUUUGAUCAUGCAACAUUAAUACGUUGGUCUCCUGAUGGGAAAGCUUUUAUCAUACAUAAAGCCAUGGCAAACGCUAUUGAAGUCUAUAAGAUUGCAAAGAAACCAGAUGGUACCUUGGCUUCUGCAACAAAAGCUCUAGAAUUUCCUGAACAUCAUACCGAAGAUGUUGUUGGAAUGGAUAUUGCAUUUACAGGAAAAUACAUUAUUACAUGCAGCAAAGCAAAUGAUCUUGUAUUAUGGGACCUUAAAGGUCAGGUUCUUGCAACUGUAGAAUUGCAUCUUGGAUCUACGUAUCGAGCACGUAUAUCACCUUGUGGACGUUUUAUUGGCACUUCUGGAUUUGUUCCAGACCUAAACGUAUGGGAAGCAGUAUUCAGUAAGGCCGGAGAAUUUACACAAGUGAGCAAAGCUUUCGAUCUCGGCGGACAUACGUCUGGAAUACUCGAUUUUACAUUUAGCGCUGAUAGCAGUCAAAUGGCUACUAUAUCAAAAGAUGGAACUUUCCGCUUAUAUAAUACGAAAGUUGAGUUUAAGAAAGGAGAAGAUCCGCGCAUACUUCAAAUUGGAUUAUGGGAAAAUACAGCAUCAGCUAAUAUUGCACUAUCUCCAAAUACUGAAGUGUUGGCAAUAGCUCAUGGAUCCUCGUUAAGUUUUUAUUCUACAAUUACUGGCUUGUUAGACAAUACUAUAGAAGAUAUUUUUCAAGGUCCCAUUAUGUGCCUAACUUUCGAUGCUGUGGGAGAAUACAUCUUGGUUGCUGGCGAUAGACAUAUAAAAGUUUUCCGUAAUAUCACUGGUUAUCGAGUGGCGAUUGAAUCCGCAAAACGCAAACUAACACAGAGACAAACGUCAGCAACUAAGGAACGCCUGGAGAAACUUAUCGAAGAUAAUAGAAAAUUUUUACAGGCAAUGGGAGAAAAGUGUCCUUAAUGGAAUAAUUUUGAUGUUCUUUAUAAUACCUCUAUGGUUUCGUUUACAAAUAUUAAAAUACAACUUGAAAUAACAUUUUCCUCGCAUAAAAAUAAGAUUGUAACAUACUUUUAUAAUCUUGAAUAAAGAAGUUCAUACGAA